AUGCCGCGUCGCAAGCGCAGUGUGGAGCCUCAGAUCGGACUUGAAGCGAAGUGUGCAGUGAUGCACAGCGCACUGCUGCAGAGAACGGCUGUUAGCCACGAGAAUCGUGGUAAACCGUGCCGUUGCAUUUUGCAACCACUGCCCGGCCUCCCCAUCAGCACGAAAAGUUGCCAGCGGCCAGUACGCCCCGAGGCCCGAGACGCGCCGGAAGCGCCCGUGACUGAAAGUGCAGAGGCUCGGCAUCUUUGUCAUGGAGGCCAGGCUCGCUGGCAGCUCUUCGAGCCCGCGGAGGGCGCGCCGCGGCCGGCGAAGCGGCAAGGCCACAGCGCCGUCGUCGACGCGGCCUCGCGGCGACUCCUCGUCUUUGGCGGCCUCGCAGGUGGUCGCAGCUACCUGAACGACGUCUGGGCUUUCGGCCUCGAGGCCAAGGAGUGGGAGGAGCUGGGCACGGCCGGGCCUCGGCCCUCAGCGCGAGAAGACCACUCCGCGAUCCUGGACAUCAAGGCCCGGGCGAUGCUCCUCUUCGGGGGCUACGUUCCUGGAAGAGGAUACAGCGACGACGCCUGGGCCUUCGGCUUGGAGGACCAACAGUGGAGGGAGCUGCGGCGCGAAGGCGAGCUCCCUCCAGGAAGGGAGCUUCAUUCCGCCAUCUUCGAUCCCAAGGGCCGGCAGAUGGUGGUCUUCGGGGGCAGAGGCGGCGAUUUACGUGCCCUGGACGAUGUGUUCAUCCUGGAGCUCCAGGCCGAGCGCUGGGCGAAGCUGCGGCCCGAGGGCCGGCGGCCAGCGGCCAGGUGGGGACACUCGGCCAGCUACGAGGAAGCGGCCCACGCUAUGCUGCUUUUCGGAGGAGCCCAGGGUGACAACUUCUUCAGCGACCUCUGGUCCUUGGACCUGGAGGCAAAGCGCUGGGAGGAGAUCCAGGCCGCGGAGGGGCCCCCGGCGCGGCAGUUCCACACCUCCGCCUGCGCUGCCGGGCAGCUGCUGGUCUUCGGCGGGAAUGGUGCAGGUGGCCGCUUGGGCGACCUCUGGAUGUUCGAUCUCGAGGCAGAAGGAGAGAGGGAGCAUGGGAGAACUGCAGUCAGGCGGUGA